AUGCCGGUCUUUCACACCAAAACCAUCGAGAGCAUUCUCGAGCCUGUGGCCCAGCAAGUAAGUUACUUAUUCUAAGCAACGUUGUUUACUGUUUACCUUUAUGUUUUUGUUUAUGUAUCCAUUGUGUUUAUGUUGCGCUUAAUGCUUUUUAUAUUUGCUUUUUAUAUUUUCUGCAGGUCUUAAAAACACGUCAUCAGAAAUUUCUUUUAUAUAAAAAAAUGUGAUCAUUAACGUUAGAACGGCAUUUUUAAUAUCAGAUUAUCAGAUUGAAGCAAAAUUAGUCUUGUUCAUGUCGUGAGCCUCUAGAAUAAAAGAAUAGUGCUCUUAAUACGAUUAUUCGGAUUCAAAGUGGCAGUCUGUCUUUAUUGAAUAUUGUUCAGAGUCCGAGAUCGGAGCAGCUGUUAGAGACACAGGUAUGAAGCAAAGAUUUUCUAAGACAUUCAGUUGAUUACGCUGAGAGUACAGAAAAAAUUAAAAUUUAGAAUAUUUGACGUCGACUAAUUCUUAAUUUUAUUUAUCUUACAAUGCUUUCUUUGCUUAUCCUAAUUUAAGCUCCACCUUGCUUUAUCAGUUGCACAAUCCCUGCAAAGCAAAGGCUCGAGUCCUGGAGUGGGCGAUGAGUACGAUGCACAUUCUGUGUCAUCCCAAAUGCACAAACACAGUCUCCGAAACACACCUCAGAGUAUAUACGGAACCCCCGAACAUGUGAACAACAGCUGUCCCGUGUGUCGAUUGCUUUUAUCAGAGAGUACCGCUUUCGUAUGUCCCAAAUGUGCUGAUCUCUCCCUCUGUCCAUUUCUUACUCUCACUCUCCACAUAACAACAAUCUGAUUAAAGGUCUCUCGCUUGGUCAUUCUACAUGAAGAAGCCGAGGAUGGAAACGCCAUGCCGGACCUCACCCGUCCCGUCGGAGCUGUGGCGCGAGCCGUGGAUAACUUAAUCAAGGUAAUCGAAUUAAAGACUAUUUAACGAGCAUAAAUACAAGAGUACUGACUACAUUCCGGUUUCAGGUCGGAUAUGACACAUGUAACUCCUCCGACGACCCCAUCCUGAAGCAAGACAUGCCUCCCGCCCUUCAACGGGUUGAGGUCAGCUCCAGAAGUCUCGAAGACGCCUGUCAAAUGCUGAAAUCGGACCCCUAUUCCAGUCCAGCUAGAAGGAAGCUAAUAGAUGGCUCCAGAGGUAUUCUGCAAGGCACCUCCGCUUUGUUGUUGUGCUUCGAUGAAUCAGAAGUCCGCAAGAUCAUCAGAGUGUGCAGAAAAGUCUUGGAUUACUUGGCGGUGGCUGAAGUCAUUGAAAGUUUUGAUGACUUAACGCCAUUUGUUAGGGUAAGUAAGAAUUUAUCGAAUCAAUUAAUAAUAUGUUGUUAGGAUUUGACUCCUUGGCUUACUCGAAUGUCACACCACAUCGACGACCGAGAGAAAGAAUUGACACAUGUCGUUCAUCGUGAAAUCCUGAUCCGCUGUAUGGAUCAAGUAAAAUCAUUGGCGCCAAUUCUGAUCUGUGCCAUGAAGAUCUACGUUCAGAUUGCCAGUGAAGGACAGGCCGGUCAACCAGAAUCCGCCGAAAACAGGAAUUAUCUGGCUCAGCGAAUGACCGACGAAGUUAACGAAAUCAUUCGUGUACUCCAACUGACCACGUAUGAUGAAGAUGAAUGGGAUAAUGACAACGUGACCGUCAUGAAGAAGGCCUUGAGUGCAGCUCAGUCCCUUCUCUCUGCGGCGCUUGACUGGCUAGCCGAUGCAAACGCCAAGCCAGGCCAGAUUGGAGAAAAGGCUAUUCGUAGAAUCUUAGAGUACGCUGAAAAGAUUGCCUCCCGAUCUUUGCCAGAAGACCAGUUCGCGAUUCGUCACCUAGCUAGCGAGAUCCAAAGUUUAACUGACCAAAUCUGCCAACUUAGAAAUACCGGAAGAUAUGACAAUCAAAAUCUGGCCGCGCAAUGCGCGCAGAAACUGAGAGAUCUUGUUGGAACAAAGGAAAGUCAAGGAGCACUUCCGUACGCCCUUCUUAACAGCCAGAAGUCUGGUGGAGGCCAGCCAGCUCAUACUACUGGCGGACGUCUUGACCAAGCGCUACGUUGGUUGGAUGGUGCUGACGACGGCGGAGUCGGUAUGUGUUUCAAAAAGUUUUUCAGAAAAAAUACGUUCCUAUUCUAACCACUACGUUAAAGGUCUUGCUGCUAUCAAGGAAUUGUGCAGUGAUGCCAGAAAGUUGGCUGAUCAACUUAGCCCUGCUGACCGCUCCCGUCUGCAUAACUUGUUAGGGGAUAUCGACCGCCUGGCUAAUACGUUGGCCGAUUUGGAGCGACGAGGCCUCGGAAAUACCCCCGAAGCUCACAAUAUUCGUCGUCAGCUCAGAGAUAAACUCAAGGAGCUGGCCAGUCUGAUGAGCAAGGUCCUCACGGACCGCGUUGUUGAAGAUUUUGCUGACAUCACAACUCCUCUCAAGCAGUUCGUUGAGGCUGUUUAUACACCCCAUGGAACUGCUGGAAGGGAGGAGAACUUCCAUCAAAAAGCAGGUAACCUUCAACACCAUGCUACCUCUUGUGCCAGCACUGGCCGUCUGGUCGCUAAAUGUGGUCCUUGCAAGAACAAGAAGACAAUUGAAGGAUUGAUUGACGCGGCUGAUAAGGUAAGUCCAAUGCUCAGAUUAAAGUGAAGUUUCAAGGUGACACAAUUGACUCCUCAAGUUGUGAAUGCUGGUAAGAUUCGUUUGAACAACGCCAGUCAGGACGUUGACCAACAUUUCGACAACCUCCGCCGAGAAUACGCCGAUGCCCUCACACGUCUGCGCGACUUUGUUGACGAUGCUAUUGAAACCGGCGACUUUGUCCGUGCCUCGGAAGGGGCAAUGAGAAGAUACACCAGCCAUUGCGAGGAUGCUAUCACUCAGAACCAACCGCAAUCGAUGGUCGACAACACCAGUCAGAUCGCCCGGUUGGGUAACCGUGUUCUGAUGGCAGCCAAAAAUGAGGCUGACAAUUCCGAAGAGCCUUCGUUUGUCAACCGAGUCAAUUCGGCUGCUUCUCAACUCCACUCAGGUAAGACUUUAAGUAGAGUUCUUUUUUCUGGAAGUCAUAUCGGAUUUCCGGGUGCUGUUUAAUCUAAUUCCCACCUCUUAACCCGAGAAAAUCAGAAAAACAAACAAGUAGGUCCCACGUAAAGUGGAAUGGGAGGGACUGUGAUGACACCCCUGUUUUCUUGAUCGGCCGUUCUUUCCCAGACAUUUAACAGUUUGGGAAGGACAUCCGGGCGGACCGUUAUGCACACUGAUUACUAUAAUCCCCAUACCAUGUAUAUUACAGCCAUUCCCCCUAUGGUCAACCAUGCCAAACAGGUAGCGCUCAACCCACGUGACCAGAACGCUGCCAACAAAUGGAGAGAUGUUAACGAUGAGCUCUUGAAUGCAGUCCGCUCAGUGGGAGACGCAAUUAAUGGUGUUCCAAGCGUUCAUCCAUCACAAUUGAAUCACAGUCAAGUCAACUCUCAUCCCCCUCCACAACAAUCAUACUACAGCCAACAACAAUCUCGACAACAGACAGCAACCCCCAGCUUCCCCACCAACUCUUACAAUGUUCUCCAAGAUGUUCAAGCUCGAGGACCUUCUCAGGAUAUUGUCCACAACAGAGUUAUCGUUAGAGAAGAGAUCCCAGCCCCACCAAGGCCCCCACCACCAGUCGAGAUCAGUCCUCCUCCUCGACCUCCACCACCACCAGAAGUGGAUGAGGAAGAAGAAACCCGUGCCUUCUGGGAAAGGUACCCUCUUCCAGCUGCUUCGGGCAUUCUUACCGCCGCCCACAAUCUCCAUCAAGUAAGUUAAAAUAAUAAUUUUAAUCACUUAACAGGAACUACGACAAUGGUCGUCUCAAGAGAACGAGAUCGUCGCUGCGGCUAAGCGUAUGGCCAUCCUGAUGGCCCGACUGUCCCAACUGGUUAGAGGGGAGGGAGGAACCAAGAAAGACCUCAUUGACUGUGCCAAGGCCAUUGCCGACUCCUCUGAAGAAGUCACCCGCUUGGCUGUUCAGCUUGCCAGACAGUGCACUGACAUCAAGAUGAGAGUGACCUUGUUGCAAGUCUGCGAACGAAUCCCAACAAUUGCCACCCAAUUGAAGAUCUUAUCGACCGUUAAGGCUACAAUGCUCGGAUCCCAAGGUAAGUUCAGCGCCUAUCAGGCCAUUUAAUCCUUUUUCAGUGGUUAUCGGUCCCUACGGACAGCCCAUUGACGGUAAAUUUAGAUUGCAGUCAAAGUUGUUGUUUCUUUUUGGCCAUGUUUUUAACUUUCCCAAGGGUUGAGACUAACUAUAACAGAAUCCUGUCCGAGUGAACCUUAACUCCACGUUCAAUACGUCGAAUAAGAAAAUAAAUUUUAGGCACCGAAGAGGAUGAAGAAGCCAUGCAGCAACUGGUUCUUAAUGCUCAGAAUCUUAUGCAAUCCGUUAAGGAUACGGUCAGAGCCGCUGAGGCCGCUUCCAUCAAGAUCAGAACCAACUCCGGCCUCCGACUUCGCUGGAUCAGAAAACCUAUGUGGUCCAACUUCUAA